AAACCCUUUGGGGUCCCCGGUAUCAAGCCUGAGUGGAGGCCUAAAUGUAUAUUUUUUAUACAUAUAUUGUAUUGGUUUUUAAAAUAAAAAAAUAUCAAAAUGGCCCCCGCUAGCUUGGAUUUUUCAGAGUGCGGCCCUCAGUGGAAAAAGUUUGGACACCCCUGGUCUAAAGGGAUACGUAGUGGUGGUCUACAACCAUGUAUUGUUGUUUAUAAAAGGCACAAGCUGCUUUGUUUGUUUGCUGCUUUUUAACAGCAAGACUCUACAGGAUGUUUAUUUUCAUAGUUACCAUGGGAAACAAAGAAACAAACAAACAGGCAGCACACGCGACUCUUGUGGGGACAAUUAGUGCGUCCAAAGAUGGCAAACAGCCAGCGGGACGAGGGAUUCUUCUUCUCUGAUUUGUGCUGGCCUCGUGGAAGAGAAUCUCUCCAGCGCCAGGCAGUCCCCCCCACGGGGACGACGCGCAGGCUUUUGUUAGCAAACUUAGCCUGUAAUGACUUGUUUGCAACAUCGCUCGCCGUCCUUUUGGAGUCUGCACGUCUCGGACAAAUGUUUUUCCCCACGCUUGUCUUCCACCCGCUUCAGAUCCCGCACCUUGCCGAAGGCGUCCGCAUCCACGGGGGAGAAAGUCACCGAGGCCCUGAGACCUUUCCACGACCGCUUGGAGGCCUGCUUCAAGCAACUGCGAGAGAAGGUGGAGAAACAAUACGGAGUCAAGACUCUGCCACCAGCAGAUGAACGUCGGGGGUCUCGGCCACACUCCAUGGUGCGCUCCUUCACCAUGCCCUCCUCUCAGAGGCCGCUCUCUGUGGCGUCGGUCACCUCCGCCUCUUCAGACAACUCCCCCUCCAGGCCCGGCUCGGACGGCUUCGCCCUGGAGCCCCUCCUGCCAAAGAAGCUGCACACCAAGUCUCAGGACAAGCUGGACCGCGACGAGCCCGAGCGGGAGCGGCGGGACAAGAAGAAGGAGAAGAGGAACAGCAAACACCAGGAGAUCUUCGACAAGGAGAUGAAGACCACCGAGAUCCAUCUGCAGCCUGCUGAGGCCGUCAUACUCUCAGAGACGAUCAGCCCUCUGAGGCCUCAGAGACCCAGAAGUCAAGUCCUCAACCAGCUGGGCGGAGACCGCCGCCUCUCCGUGUCCCCCGGGCCUCCUUCCUCGCCGUCCAACUCCUCUUCCUCCUCCUCGCCGGCACCCCCGCCCAUCACGCCAAGGAGCAAACUGUCCUUCAGUCUGCACACGGUCUCCAAUCUGGAGUUGAACGGGUUAGGUUGCGCCGACAAGGCGGAAAUCCCUCCUCCGCUUCCCGUCAAAGGCAGCACGGCCGACUACGGCAACCUGCUGGAUAAUCAAGACCUGAGCGCUCCCUCCACGCCUCCGCCGCCCCCGCCGCAUCAACGGCAUUUACCGCCGCCGCUGCCCAGCAAGACGCCACCGCCGCCCCCUCCCAAGACCACCAGGAAGCAGGCGUCCAUCGAUUCAGGGAUUGUACAGUAAGCAAAGACGCUGACAAAAGGACGGGCGGAACGAGCGCCAAAACAAAUCCCCCCUCCCCCCCUCCCUCCAGCCGACACAUUCCCGCCUUGACAAGAUGAAUACCUCAUUGCGGCCCCGCCCCCUUUUUCCUCCACAUGAUUUCUUUUGCGAGAGCAGCAGCCACGCAAAUAUCUCCACCUCAUACAACGUAAUCUCGCAGCAUGUACAGAGGUUUGUAAAUAUGAUUUUUUUUUUGGUUUCUUUUAACGUUGUUAGCUCACCAGGCAUUUUGUACCAAACAUCGACAAAAAAAAGGGCGGUAGGACUUUUAGGAGUUUUUUUUUCUUGGUGGAAGUUUGGCGUGCACAUUGUUGGCAACUAACAUUUACUGCACCACAUUCACUACUGACACCACGCAUGAAUAAACCUUCAAAUG